AUGGUCAAGUCUAUUCCAGAUAUAUGUCGUCGGAACAUCUCCGCGCGCAUUCUGGGGAUUGAUGAUGCUCCUUUCCAAAGCAAACCUCGCGCACCUGGGUCAGAGGUUCAUGCAGUUGGGGUGAUCACCAGCCGCGACCGCUUUGAGGGUAUGUUGUAUUUCGGCGGCAUCGAGCAGGACGGUUUAAAUGCAGGCCUACGACUCUCUCAAACCAUUCUCCAAAGCAAGUUUCACGAGCAAAUUCAUGCUGUUUUCUUGGAUGGCGUGUCCAUGGGUGGCCUUAACAUCAUUGACAUUGACGCCCUUGCAAGAGCUAUUUCCCGUCCCGUCGUCGCUGUCAUGCGUAGCCCACCUAACAUUGGGAAGAUGCUCGGUGCUAUUGCGAAACUACCGCAAGAGGAAGAGCGCUCCGAUAGCAUACGAGCCGCAGGGCCAAUUCAUGAAAUCCGGGGAUGGGUCUUUCAAUUUCGCUGCCAGCCACCCUCGCAAAGACAAGUUGAGAACGGCUCGCUGGCCACACCAGAAAAUAUGGCCGACUUGCUAGAUAAAUGCACACCAACGGGUGGUCAAAAGAUCCCAGAGUGCCUCCGAAUGGCGCACUUGAUUGGAGCCGCGAUUAAAACAGGACAGAGCUCCUCCUCCGCGUGA